AUGCUAAAAUCCCUAUUUUCACUACUUUUCCUAGUAUUUCUAGUGGAUCUGAGCUCCGAGAAUAAUUUCGGACCAGCUUGUCUACCACAACGUCGGAAUUUCAAGCUUUACUACCCCUGCGAAGAAGAAACUUCCAUUUCGGAGGAGUGUGAGUCAAAUGAAUCAAACGAAAGAAAAAUUUGCUAACAAUGUGUAAAAUGUACUUGAAAGCUUCUAAUUAAAGCCUAAAUUUAGGGGGCGCAAAGCCCCGCCCCUUCACGCCACCAAAAUGACGAUUUUUUUGUUGCAAAAACGGUUUUGAGGCGUUUAUACUAGCUAAAGUCCCACUUUAAAAAUGAACUGUUUCUGUUAAUCUAUGUAAUCGACAACGCUCUACAAGACUGAAUAUUUUAAAAAAACUAUGUUUUUUUCAAAAAAAUAAGCGAAAAAAAGUAAGAUUUAACACGAAAAAAAACUGACAAGUUUCAUAAAAUCAUCGCGUUUCAGAAAAAGCAAGUGAGGAACGCUUCUAAAUUUUUGAGUAUGUUAUAUAUUAACACUUUCUUUAUUUUUUUCGAGUAAAAAAAUUUUUAAAAAAAUCUAACGACGCGAAAAAAAUCGAAGCUUGUAAAGUGACACCAAACUUUGAAGCUGAAAUGCGAAAAAAUUUCAGCGACAAGGUAUACUUUUUAUUUGAUUUAAAAACUCACAAUGUGUUCAAAAAUAAAAAUUCAGGAUGAAAAUAAUUAUUGGGACAGCGAAUUAAAUUAUAUUUGAAUUUUACCAAAACCUCCUUUUUUCGCCUGCCUCGUUGACGCAUGAGAGAAUAGGAUCGCGUCUAUACUUUUUUUCUUAUGUUAUUAAGCGUUCAAAAACUCUAUCAAUGAAAAAAAAUUAUGAAAAAAAUCUAACGACGCGAAAAAAAUAACGGCUUUGAAAAACCUCGAAAAAAAUGGCAAUUUUUUUGAAAUUUUUGGAAGAUUUCGUGCAAGCGUUCGUAGCUGUGUUUGCGUCAAACACACCGAUGCGUCAUUUUAAAUGUCGCAGGAGCCGUUUUUUUCGAGUCAAAUUGCACUUUUUUUCCUGUUUUUAUUUCGAAAUGACAUCAUUUUUUUCAUUUUUUUCUUUCUUCCAAACCGAAUGAUAAUAAUUUUUUUCUGAUUAGAAAAGAGAAAAAAAUAAGCUGAAAAUUCCUUCUGACCUUUUUUUCUAAGUAGUUUUUUUGAUAUUUUUAUCAAAAAAAUUCUUAUGAGAGUUAUACAAAAAGAUUUAUACCAAAACGUUAAGCUCAGAUCUAACAACCUCUCAGAACAGAAAACCGCUUUAAAAACGGUCCAGAAACGCGUAAAAACAUUUAAAAAGAAAGCGUGCGGCAGCGGGUAAACCGUGAGAUUUCGCCUCCAGUUGAACGCCGAGCGCGCUAGUUUUUUGGUCAUAACUUUUUUCUUAGUGGAGCUUUUUUCAAAAACUAAACGGAUUAUGAAAAUGGACAGUCUCCUCUAUCGAACAAUGUGAAAAACAUAUUUUUUGAAUCGUUCUGAAGAAAUGGCUUGCGGACCCUACCUAAAUUGCAUUUUCCUCACAGGUUUUGUGUUUAAAGAAAUUUAAAGGGUUUAAAGUUCGUUUUCGGGAAUAAAAUUUGGUUUUCUGAUGCCUUUGAGACGUCAUAACUCGACCAAGGGCCAAAACUCGUGAAAACUUUGAACCAAAAUGAUCUUUUUUCUGAAAACUGUUCUGUAUGGACAAUACUCUUACAACUUAUGAAUAUUUCUAACUGGUUUUAUUUAUUUCCAGUGGAGGCAAGGAACGACCAGAUGGCUAAACUACGUGGGGAGCCUUCAGAAUUCGCUCGUUCGGGAUUCUAUGAUCGACUUUUCAGGUCACUUCGAGCGUCGCUCAAUGCGGAAAAAAAAUCCGCAGUUUGAAGUUUUCGAAAAUAUUUUUGAAUCCUCAGAAAAUUCUUUGAAAAGGCAAGCUGAAGUGGAAGAGAAGAAAAAUUUUGGACCUUGUCCGGAGAUUUGAUUCAGCAUUGAAAACCUUGAAAAAUUUUUUAAAAAACCUUAAACUUCUAAUAAAACGACAAUGAUGAAUAUGAUUAGAGUUUUUUUUAGUUCAAAAAUAGUAGAAAACUCACAAAGAAAGUUCCAGAAGAUGGAACACGCCGGCCUCCUACAGCAACGACUUCAUUUACUGGCCAAACUACGGCUACAAUCCCAAUUUGCCUGCGAGUGGCCCAUACCGUUACAGUAACUGGUUCGUGAAGACCGAAUGA